GCUAAUCAACACUACGAUGACGACACAGUGCAGUAAUGGUACGACGAUAAAGAUGGGCGCGUGGCACCAUAAGGUGGAGGUAAGUUGUGCCUCGCGUAGGCCCUAUCCUGUCGUAGGGGCUCGCGAGAGGUAUGGCUGGCGCACUCGGCCGGAGCGGCCUAAGGAAGCUCCAUUUGUGCGUUCGUGUCCAGUAGAGUACGACUCUGAGGGGAGGCUUAAACGACGAGCGGGUUUCACAGGUCCGCUAGACGUGUCGACAGCAUCGGCUGUCUGCCAUGACACCGACAGGGAUUUGGCGGCGUACUUGCCGAGACCGUUGUCGGAUCUGCAGCGAGUUGACCUUGAUGUGGAACUGGUGGCAUGGACUCUGCAGAGCCCAUUGGUGGGAAGGCUGCUGUUGGGGAGGCUACCUGCAGGGAGGGAGGCGCAGAGACUCGGAGAGAGGAUAUCGCGCAUGACCUGGCGGCCGCCGGUUACUCAGCAGAGGAGAUUGAGCAGGCAUUGGCGGGGUACCCCGGAAGACAUGGACGAGGGAUGCCGCAACAGGGGAUGCGCACACGCCACGAGAUCCUUCUUUGGCACUGGGAUCGUAGGCCCCGGACCGCAGCCGCCUCCCAUGAUGGAUACGCAGGGUGUCGAUGGACAUUGCAGUGGCACAGGGGAGCACGGCUCCCCAGGCACCGGUCUUCGUCGUGCAGUCGCCCCUGCGGAUUUUGGCGCACGGGCGACGAUACCAUUGCCGCCCAGAGACCCCUCAGUCAUCAUCGAGCCGAUUCAAUCAUUUGUUGGUCGCAAGCGGAAGCCAGAGAGUGCCGCGGGACAGGAGGUCAGGGGAGCUGCAGGUUGUGGCAGAGGCCGAGGCCGACCAUCGGGAGAGGGGAGGGGCGCGGGCGAGAGGGAUAUGUCAGGACAGGUAUGCGGGAGAGGAGUGGGGCGCGAGAGAGGAGAGGGAUGUCCCAGAGGUCGGCCACCUGGACGGGGGAGAGGAGAGGGACAUGCCACGACACGAGAGGGCGGUGCACCAAGGAGGAGAGCCCCCGCAGAUGGAAGAGACGUUCAUACGGAUGCAGCGCCGAUCACAUCAUCGAGCAACAAGGCGGAGGAGGGCAUAGCGUUGCACAUCACCAGGAGGCGCAGGGGAGAGGUGACGACAAGGGCAGCACUAGCAUCCGCGGCCACAUCAUGCUCACCGACGACCACAUCGGCAUCAUCAGGCAACCUGGAUUUCGAGGGGGGUGUUGAGGAGGACGAGGAGGAGGCAGAGGUCGAUGCAGGCAUUGUGGCGAGAGAGGGUGAUAUGUCAGGAUAAUUUUGUACAUUGUUCGCUUUGUGU